AUGUCUGUAUCUAUCCUUGCCGCAGGAGACAUCGUUCUCAGUGACAGGCUCAACCGGACGCCGGGUCCGGGGACUGUGUACGACAGACUCCAAGCGGCAGACUCGUGCUUUGCGAACCUCGAAAUGCCAUUCUGCAAAGACGGGUAUCCCGCGGAAAAGUUGAUCGCGCUGAGAUGCGACCCGCAGCACGCAAGGGUGAUCCGAGAGAUUAGCGUCGACGUCGUCACGGUCGCCAACAACCACGCCAUGGACUACGGCAUGGAGGGCAUGCGUAUGACUUCCCAGGCCCUCGACAGAGUUGGCGUUGCCCACGUCGGCACCGGGGCGGACAUUUUCCAAGCAUACGCGCCGUUCCUCAAGACCGUCAACGGCGUCAAGGUGGCGUACAUCGGCGUGACGACGACGUUGCCCAACGGCGCCGGGGCGGGCGUGUCGCGACCGGGACUGGCCGGCGUCCGCGUCUUUAGCAAAUACGUCGUCGACACCGUCACCAUCGACGAGUCCCCCGGCAUGGCCCCCUUCGUCGAGACCGAGACGUACAAGCCGGACGAGGAAAUGCUUCUGCAGACGAUCCGCCACGCAAAGACCCAGGCCGACGUCGUCCUCGUGGCCAUCCACUGGGGCGUGCCGUACGGGUGGAUCCACAGGACGCAGGACGAGGUUGCCACGUACCAGCGGCCGCUGGCGCGCGCGAUGGUCGAGGCCGGCGCGUCGGCCAUCUUCGGCCACCACCCGCACGUCGUGCAGGGCGUCGAAUGGCACGAGGGCAGCCCCAUCUUCUACUCCCUGGGGAACUUCAUCUUCAGCAACACCGUCGUCACCCCCGCCGACAGCUGGCGCACAUACCCCCCCUACGACUGGAGCAGUCUGCAGACCACGCUGUCCAACAUCGGCGCGCUGGCAAAAGUCACUUGGUCCCGGGGCAAAGUGUCCGGCUGCUCACUCGUCCCGAUCACGAUCGCGGAGGACGGCGAGCCCAUCGAGGCUACGGAACAAGAUGCCACUACGCUCCUGUCGCGGCUGCAGGCGUUGUCCAAGGAUCGCGCGACCCAGUUUACAUUGAGAAAGCAGAAGGCCGGGUACGAGAUUGACAUCACCAGGAUAACGGGACCGAGUCUCUAG